AUGAUACUGCUGGAUAAUGGAGACAUAGAGAGUGUGGGCUCAAGUGAUGAUGACAUGCCACCAUUGGAGGAUUGUAGUGAUGUUGAAGUUGCUGAACCUGUUGUUGGAGAUGUGCUUGUUACUAGGCGUGCUCUCAACAUGCAACCUAAGGCGGGUGGUAAUGAGGAGCAACGUGAGCAUAUAAACGACAAGGAAUUUGGUGAUAUUUUUCCAGAAGAAAUUCCCCAUGGAUUACCUCCUACAAGAGGUAUUGAGCAUCAGAUUGACUUAAUUCCAGGUUCUUCAAUCCCAAAUAGACCAGCCUACAGAACAAGUCCAGAGGAAGCAAAAGAAAUUCAAAGGCAAGUAGAUGAGUUGCUGCAAAAAGGAUUUGUGAGGGAGAGUCUUAGCCCGUGUUCUGCUCCUGUGAUCUUGGUUCCGAAGAAAGAUGGGACGUGGCGCAUGUAUUUGAAGAGUGGAUACUAUCAAAUUCGCAUGAAAGAAGGUGAUGAAUGGAAAACAGCUUUUAAAACAAAAUAUGGUUUAUAUGAGUGGAUGGUGAUGCCAUUUGGCUUAUCUAAUGCACCCAGCACCUUCAUGAGCUCGAAAGGAAUAAGUGUGGAUGAGGAGAAGGUAAGGGCAAUUAGAGAAUGGCCUACACCUAAGAAUGCAAAUGAGGACUUAUAUGCUAAUGAUUCUGACUUUGGCCAAGUAUGGGAUUCUUGUUCUAAACAUGCUUUUGGGGACUAUUAUAGGCAUGAUGGUUUCUUGUUUAAGAAAAAUAAGUUGUGUGUGCCUGUUUGUUCCUUGCGUGAAAUGCUAGUUAGAGAAAGUCAUGGUGGUGGAUUGAUGGGACAUUUUGGGAUAAAAGGACCUUAG